GAUUUUUUACGUUUUGGAUCAAAUUUAAUUUGUUUUCAGUUGUUUCGGAGGUUUUCGUGUUGAUUUAUGUUACUUUUUAACAUUUUGAAUAAGUUUUAGUUGAUUUCGAUUGGUUUUAUUGGUUUUUAAUAGUUAAAGGCAGUUUUGGUUAAUUUUGAGGCGGUUUUAGUCAAUUUUGAGGUGGAUUUAGUCAUUUUUGAGGCGUUUUUAUCUAAUUACUGUUGGAUUUCGGUAAUUUUCGAAUUUUUAGGUGCUAGUGAUCCCUUCAAUGCUUAUUGGAUUGAUUUCAGUCGAUUUGUUUAGUAUCUUACUGUUUUGCGGUAGUUUUGGUUAAUUUUGAGGUGGUUUUAGUCAAUUUUGAGGUGGAUUUAGUCAGUUGUGAGGCGGUUUCAUUUAGUUACUGUUGGAUUUUGUUAGUUUCAGAAGUUUUAUGUGUUAAUUUUAGUCGAUUUGUUUAGUUUCUUACUGUUUUGCGGCAGUUUUGGUUAAUUUUGAGGCGGUUUUGGUCAAUUUUGAGGUAGAUUGUCAUUUUUGAGGCGUUUUUAUUUACUUACUGUUGGAUUUCGUUAGUUUCGGAAGUUUGAGAUGUUGGUGAUUGCUUUAAUGUUUUAUUGUCGAUCGUUUUUAGGCAAUUUUUGUCAAUUUUGAGGCAUUUUCAAUUAAUUUCAGGUGUUUCAUAUAUCUUCAGAUAUUGAUUUUCCUAGAAAUUUUCGUUUCACAUUGAGUUUAAGUCAUUUUGAUUUGUUUCCAAUAGUUUUGAGGCAAUUUUGGUCAAAUUUGAGGCAAUAUGGUCAAUUUUUAGGCAUUGUUUAUCAAUUUUGAGGCAUUUUCUAUAGAUAUACGGUAAUUUUAGGUAUUUCAUCCAUCUUUAGGGUUUGAUAUUUCUAGCUUUUUCGUUUCAUACUGAUUUUUGGUAUUUUGCUUUGUUUCCAAUAAUUUUGAAGCAAUUUCGGUCAAAUUUAAGGCAGUUUUGGUCAAAUUUGAGGUAAUUUGGUCAAUUUUGAGGCAUUUUUGAUCAAUUUUGAGGCAUUUUUAAUUAAUUUUCAUUCGUUUUAUCAAUUUUCAUGGGUUAAUUUUCCUAGAUUUUUCGUUUCAUAUUGAUCUAUGGUCACUUUGAUUUGUUUCCAAUAGUUUUGAGCCAAUUUCAGUCAAUUUUAGUCAAAUGUGAAGCAUUUUUUAUUAAUUUCUAUAGGUAUACGGUAGUUUCAGGUAUUUUUAUCAUUUUCAGGGGUUGGUUUUGUUAGCUUGUUCAGUUUUGUAUCAAUUUUAGUCAAUUUCGAGGGUGUUUUUAUUAGAUUUUGAAACAUUUCUUGGUUUAAUUUUAUUUAUUUUCAUUUAAACUUGUAUUUUAAGAAAACUUUAACUCGUCUUUAGACAUUUAAAAUCAAUUUCUGUUAAAUUUCUAUAUUAAUUAAAGACGUUUUCCAAUAUUUUCGAUUAUAAUCGAUAAUAAUAAACGAUCCCAAACACAAUUUUUCCCCACCUCGUAUAUAUUAAAUAUCAAAUAUUCAAUUCGAAUAAAACAAAUUCAAAUCUGACAAUAUGAAACACCCUGUAUAAUCUAUAACGUAAACAACCGAAAAUCCGAUCGGCUAAAAACGUCAUAGAAACAUCGAUCAAACGCCAUCUUAACGUUUCUAAGGUAUGUGACGUAUGUUUAAAUCAAAUCAAUAAUAACCUCAAUUCAUUCUAUUUCGAUGUAGUCCGUAUUUUUAUUUUUUCGAAAAAAAUAUUUUUUUUUUCGAAAUUCUAUUCGUGUUUUUGUGUGUGAGUGUACGAAAAAUGUCGGCGAAAUAUUCAAUAAUAUCGACGGAGGAUGUGAACGCGAAAAACGACGAUUAUUAUCCUUCGGUAAAAUCGAAAGACGCGAACGAAAGGAAAAUGGCGCGACAACUGAGAAUAGAAAAGAGAGUUGCCGCAGUUAAAUUGCAAACUCAAAGAGAAACGGGGAUUUAUAUUGAAGAGAAAAAAGAACCCGUGGAAAUACAGAUGGAAAAAAGCGCCGGUAUUUUGGAUAAUUUGUUGAAGGAAUCGCAAGAGUAUUUGGAGAACGUUAGAGUGGCCAACGAAGCCCGAGAGUUCGACAGAAAAGAAUCCGAAGGCAUCGGAAGGGGAAUGGUCAUAUCCCGAUUGGAAGCUGAAGCUGCCGAAGCCCAAAAGUUAUUUAGCGAAAUAGCCGGUAAAUGGUCCUCGAUACAGGAUUAUAAGGAUCCCCUGCACAUUCACGAGGAUAUUCUGUUGCAAAAAAUGAAAUGCGACGAAUUGAUCAAAGAAAAAGACGAUUUGAUAGAGAUGUUGAAGGGGGAAGUGCGAAUGGCCGAAAGGAAGUUUACCUCGGAUCAGGUGAAGCAGAAUCAGGAUAUCGCCAUUUUGGGUAGUAGGAUUGAAAAGCAGAUCGAUUUUAUCAAAAAGGCCUACGCUACCGAAUUCAAUUUGAUAGACCAAGUAAUAAGCGAAGAAAAACGAAAAUUCAUUGAGAAAAGCAACGAAAAAUGGGAGGAUCUUUACCGUAAGAGGAACCAAGAAGAAUCAGCUUUAACCGAAUACAAACUUCAAAAACAAGAGGAAAUAUCCUCCAAAAUCCGACAUCUGAAUGUUUGUCACGAAGAACAGUUUCGUAAAACGAAAAUUGAAUUGGAAAGAGACAUCGAGAAGGCCCAAAACGAAUUCGAAAGGAUCAAAUCGUUGGCGUUAUUUAAUAGAGAACGUUUGGAAUAUAAUUAUGAAGUGUUGAAGAGAAGAGAAAACGAAAAUCUAAUAAUAAAGAGUCAGCAGAAGAGGAGGAUGAGUAAAUUGCAAGAUACAAUAAGCGAUUUGAAAACCACCCUGAGCGACUACCGAAAAACCACAACGAAAAAAAUAAAGAAAACCAAAAGCGACAUCGAAAAAUUGCGCAAAAAUAUCGUCGACAUCGACGACAAAGCGGAUCAGUUCGCGAAUUCGAGCGAAAAAAAAUUCAAAGACUUAUGGAAAUUGAACGCCAGAGAUUGUUACAAUCUAUUAGAUAAAAUAAUUAAAAUCGAUCGAAUACUCCACGAACAACAGUUGGGGGUUAGAUGGACGCGUCCCGUUUACCAAAAAAUCGAUUUUCCCUCAAUCGGCGAUCGUCAGAGCGUCUCAAGCGUUGGCCCCAAACAAAAAUCGUCGUUGCUAUUGAAAAAAUCGAAAUCCGAUACUCGUUCCACAUCUGCCCUCAACCUAUCCAAAUCUUACCAUACGGAAUCUGACACUUAUAAGAAGUUAUUGAAGAGGGUGUUGAAGGCGUUGGAUAAGAAGAGCGGUUUUUUAACGGAAAAAUGUAUAAAAUUGUUGAUUAAUACGUACGAGGACGAUGAACAGAGUCUGGUUACUUUGGAUAACGUUUUCCUUUCGUUGGGUAUAAAAAAAUCUCAAGAUAUCGAUGUGAUGGCGGAUUUUUUUUUACCUUAUUGUUAUUGUAGAGUGUGCGCGGAACACUAUUCGUCGCACAGUUCGUUUGCAUCGACGGCGAUAGCAAGCCGUCACAUGUCGCAGGUGUCGUAUAUGUCAAAAACGUCGUUUCAGCGAUCGAACUAUUUCAGCCCUUCAAUCAUCGAAGUGGAAUACACUUUGGAGGGCAUACAACAAUCCGACGAUCUGAUAAGCCAUAUCGUCAAAGAGGUGAUAGAAAAGGAAUCGUUGGUGGACGAACAUGGUCUUUUGAAAAUCGAUACGCCGGACGAAGAUUCGGAAGACGACGAACAAUGCUACACGCAUCCAAAAGAAAGGUUAUCGGGUAGAAGGAGAACGCUAAAAGUCGAUAUAGAAAAGAUAUCUUGCAAAUAUAAUCAUCCCCUUGUUAUAAGUACAGUGUACGUACUAGCCGCCCUUAAGGAAUUCGUUAUUAAAUAUCACAAACAGCAGCAGACGACGCAAAUAGGACCGACGAUGGAAGAACGACUUUCGAAACGAAGAUGCACGGCGUCCCGAUCUCUGGAAGACGAGGACAUCAAACGUCAUUGGAUUAAUUUGCGGAGGACCUUUCGCAAAUCGCACAUGCUCAUAUGGGAUGGUCUUCGUGAAGGUCUAACGAAAUAUCUGGAAAUUUUGAAGGAUCGCAAAAACGUCAGCGAGGACGUUAUGAAAUUGAGAAAAACUAAUGAGGCUUUGAAGAGACUUUUGGCCGAUUAUAUCGAUCACAGGGUACUCAUGAAACCGAUUUGCCCACAAAAGUCCUCUGAAUUGCUACGGAAAUGUUCGCAGACUACACAAAUAAAAAUUUAAGUACCAAAAAAAAA